AUGCUUCGGCACGAAUGGGCCGGCUCGACCAGAGUGAUACCACGGCCUCACAGACGACCGACGAAACACAACGCAAGCGUUGCUUCACGUCGUGUGAGUGAGGUUACCGGAGGCCCAAUUACCCUCCCCUUCCCCAAUCUCCCCAAUCCCUGAAUCCCUAACGAUCCUCAAACUCCUAAUCUCCAAAAAGCCGAAAGCCGGUGACGCAUUUGUAACGCCUCUGCUGUUCCAGGUGUCCAUGGGCGACGCCGAUUGCUUACCAUCAGGUGAUCCGUCUGCACGUUUACCGGCUUAUGCCAAAAAAAGAAAGCAAUGCGCACAACCUGUAAAACUUAGGGUGUGUAUUGCAUGUAAUUAAAUUGAUUGAAAAUUAUUU